AUGUCGAAUAUAACAAUUGUAUCAACAACAGCUAUAGCUCUCAAUUUAAUUUCACUCAUUGGAACUAUAUUUAUUGGGCUCAUAUGUAUAUUUAUACUUAGUAUGCUUUUGCCAUCAAUAGUACGCCAACGUGAUGUAGUUCUAAUUUUGGUCGUUAAUAAUUAUUUAGCAUUAUUAACUUUUGCACUUAUAGCUAUACCAAUGAAUAUUGAUAUGGCUCGAGGUGAUUAUAAUUUAUCUAUUGGUAUGGAAACAUUUAGUUGUCGUGUUAAAGGAUAUCUAUUUUAUGCAUCUAUAGCGAUCGUAUUUAAUAAUCUUACGUUACAGGCUGUCUUUCGUUUUCUUCGUAUUGUUUAUCCAACUUAUAUAUGGCUACAAAAUGUUCUCACUUAUCUUGUGAUUAUUCCAACUAUGUGGCUUAUGUCAUUUCUCUUUAUCCUGCCCGUUCAUGUAUGGCAUGAUAUACAAUUUAUUCGAAUGGAAAACACCUGCUUUCUAGUUAUUUAUAGUGCUCGUGGAUUUAUUUUGUGUACAAUCAUUAUGAAUUGUAUACCAGUUAUUAUUAUGAAUAUUUUGUAUUUACAGUUGAAGCGUUUUAUUCGUCGAACAACUACGACUAUUUCAGCACGAUCUAAACGUGAUUUAAUUGUGCUAAUGCUAAUUUUUACAGAUGUAGGAAAACCAAUAUUUUAUCGCCUUCAAUAUGUUAUUGCAGUCAUUGUUAUGAUCGUGCUCAGCUUUCUGUUCGUUUUAGUUACACCUCAAGCAAAAGCAGCACUUGUGUGUUUUCAUAAACCAAAUAAAGUAACAUCUUUGUAUGAACAACAAUGUGUUUCAGCUUCCAAAGCCAUUAAGUAUUAG